AUGAGCGUCCCGCUGACGACCCUCAGCCAGGGCUGCAUCGACUCGCCUCCUCCCCAGCCGGAGAUGAGAGAAGUUGACGAGGAGAAUAGACAUGCUGCUUCGAUCAAUUCAUCUCACUCGAAUCUGCCGAAAUGGAACAAGCCGGCUAUCAAUCUGUGGAGGUUCGCGGCGGCGAACUAUACCUUUAUCAUCCUCGGUGCCAACGAUGCAGCGUAUGGGGCUGUGAUACCAUAUAUUGAAAAACAUUAUAAUAUCUCGUAUACAGUUGUCUCUCUGAUCUUCUUGUCGCCUCUGGGUGGCUAUGCAGCGGCAGCGACAUUCAGCAACAUGAUUCAUAUGAAGCUGGGUCAGCGUGGUAUUGCUUUCCUGGGGCCAUGCUCGCAUAUCCUGGCUUAUGUUGCUGUCUGUCUUCAUCCACCAUAUCCAGCCCUUAUCGUUGCCUUCAUUUUUGCUGGUUUCGGUAACGGAAUUGCCGAUGCAGCUUGGAAUGCAUGGAUAGGUGGCAUGGCAAAUGCAAAUGAACUCCUCGGUCUACUCCAUGGCUUCUACGGUCUAGGAGGAAUGCUUGCUCCUCUUAUUGCAACUGCUCUUAUUACCAAGGCCGGAUGGGAAUGGUACGAGUUUUACUAUUUGCUCGCCGGGGCCUCCUUCUUGUCUCUCGCCUUUUCCCUCCCGGCAUUCUGGAGUGCAACCGGAUCCAGAUAUCGAGAGGCUCACAGUGACUCAUACGAUGAAGUCGAAUGUCAUGGAAACAAUAUCAAUGCCUACACACCUCCGGUACAGGUAAACAAGCUUAUGGUUAAGCUGUUGGGCAAGACCAGGAUGGCAGAAGCGUUGAGUAACCGGGUAACCUGGAUAUGCAGUAUCUUCCUUGCAAUUUACGCCGGAGCAGAGGUCGGAUUGGGAGGUUGGAUUGUAACCUUCAUGAUAAAUGUCCGACAUGGUUCACCCUUUGACUCUGGAGUCACUGCUACAGGCUUCUGGCUGGGGAUUACACUAGGUCGGAUGAUCCUAGGGUUUGUUACCCCUAGAUGCUUCAAAACAGAAAAACAUGCCGUUGUGUUCUACCUUGGAUGUUGUAUUGGGCUGGACCUGGUAUUCUGGCUUGUCCCUAAUUUCUAUGCUUCUGCUAUCGCUGUUGCAUUUAUGGGUUUCUUCCUAGGGCCGUUGUUCCCAGCAGGUGUCGUUGCAGCAACUAAACUACUACCAAGAAACCUCCACGUUGCUGCUAUUGGUUUCACAUCGGCCAUGGGUGCCUCAGGAGCAAGUACUUUGCCGUUUGCUGUCGGUGCCAUCGCCCAGGCAAAAGGAGUCGAGGUUCUGCAGCCGUUCAUACUAGGAGUACUGAUUCUCUGUUUGUUAGUCUGGAUGUGUCUACCCAGUCUUCCAAGGAGCAACAUUCGCAUUUGA